UUCCGCCCAAGGGGGGUAAUUUCCCAACUCCAGGAAUUUGUUGUGAAGAAGAAAAUAAUUGCUACUAUUUUGCUCCCGAUGCUUGCGCACCAUGUCGCGGCGCAAGCAGGCGAAGCCCCAGCACAUCCACUCCGAGGAGCAGCCCCCAGAUGCUGCAAGUGGGAGUCCACAAGACGUCCCAGGUGAUGGAGAGGGUGAAAUGAGUUCCAAGAGGUGUCGAACAGAAGAAACCAACAUUUGUGAGAAAUGCUGUGCAGAAUUCUUCAAUCUUGCUGAAUUCCUUGAGCAUAAGAAAAAUUGCACUAAAAAUCCACCUGUCCUAAUCAUGAAUGACAGUGAGGGAGCCAUACCCCCCGAAGGCUUCCCUGAAGCUUCUUCUGAGAACUUUCCAACUGAUCGCUCAGAUGGUCGAACAGCCAAGGACAGUCAGGCAAAGAGUUGCACUGGUUCUGUGGAAAAGAGAGAAGGAAAAGUUCAUGUUGAACCUGUUGCAGGAAUGUACCUAAAAACAGAACCCCCUGUGACUUCAGCAACUCCUGGCCUCGGCUAUUUAUCAAAACCCAAGGUACCAAACACUAAUGUGACUUUGCAGACGAUACGUGGCACCAAAGUGGCUGUGAACCAGCGUACCUCUGAUGCCAUCUCUCCCUCCGCAGCUAGUUUUAAUACUAUCCCAAUGAUCCUGGAGCAGCUCGUCUGCUUGCAGCAGCAGCAGCUUCAGCAAAUUCAGCUUACAGAACAAAUCCGCAUUCAGAUUGCCAUGAUGGCUCCUCAUGCCCUGCAUCCUUCAAUAGCAGCUGCUGCCGAUCCCCUAAAAGCGUUGGGUGCUCACAUGUCUCAGCAGCUGUCGGCUACUGUUGCAUUAAUUGGACAAAAAGCUGGAAGCCAAAGCCUAUCACUGGAAUCCUUGAAGCAAGGAAAACUACCUCAUCCUACCCUUGGCAUUCCAGCUGCUGGCUCUGUAGCCGGCGGGCUUUCUUCCUCUCUUUCCUUGAAGCCUGAAGCAACCAGGGGCCUCCCAAGUUCUAUUGCUCGGUUUCCAAACCCUUUGCUACCUCAGUCAUCCAAUUCUGUCAUCUUCCAAAACCCACUUUCUGCAGUCUCGUCGGUGCUCGAUCCCUCCAAGAAAGGGAAAGGGAAGCCCCCUAAUAUCAGCGUGUCUGAUAGCAAACCAACUGCAGAAGAACCUUUCUUUAAACAUAAGUGCAAGUUCUGUGGCAAGGUCUUUGGCAAUGACAGUGCUUUACAGAUCCACCUCCGCUCCCACACAGGUGAAAGGCCCUACAAGUGUAACAUUUGCGGCAACCGGUUCACAACCAAAGGGAACCUGAAAGUGCAUUUUCAGCGUCACAAAGAUAAAUACCCUCACAUUAAAAUGAAUCCCUAUCCGGUCCCUGAACACCUGGACAACAUUCCCACCAGCAGUGGAAUCCCGUACGGCAUGUCUGUGCCGCUGGAUGAGUCCAACCUAAUUGUGGAUAGCAAACCAGUUCUGACAACGCUGCCGAGCUCUGUGGGUGCCGGCUUGCCGCAGAAUAUCUCCAGCCUAGCAGGCAUCAAAGAUUCUCUCCCCAGCACCCUGUCGAGUGACAUGCAGCCGAGACCCUCUCCGGAAAGUGAAGGUGGCUCUUCCUCAUCGGGUGCUGUCAGUCACGAGUCGGGAACCGAGCAGAGCUUGAGCUCGCCGCAAGCUAGCUGCAGUGCGAGUGUCUUCCGUGGAAGUGGGGCAAGUGAGCAAGGUUCAGAAACGUCCAAGCUCCAGCAGCUGGUUGAGAACAUUGACAAGUCUGCUGCUGACCCCAACGAGUGCCUGAUUUGUCACAGGGUGCUAAGCUGUCAGAGCUCGCUCAAAAUGCAUUACCGUACCCACACUGGCGAGCGCCCAUUUAAGUGCAAGAUCUGUGGCCGUGCCUUUUCAACAAAAGGUAACCUUAAGACUCACUAUGGUGUCCACCGAGCAAACACCCCACUGAAGAUGCAGCAUUCUUGUCCUAUCUGCCAGAAGAAGUUUACAAAUGCUGUUGUACUGCAGCAGCACAUUCGCAUGCAUAUGGGGGGACAAAUCCCCAAUACGCCCAUGCCGGAAAAUGCUUGUGAUAAUACUGAUGUGGAUCCUACGCAGGUUGAAAAGAAUGGAGAUGUCAGUCGUCCAGAUGAGAGUAUGGAAAGCAUAGAAAUAGAAGAAGACCUAGACUCCCAGGAUGGUCCCAGCAGCUCUUCAAAGCCACCCACUCCUUAUGAUACACAGUCAGAAUCUCCAGCCACAGUGUUUUCUGGUAUCGCUGCGUUGGAGAACCAGAUGAAAAUCGUAAACUCUGCUUUGACCCUACAACGGCAAAGCAGCCAGAAGUCUAGCGACAAUGGCUCGGCAGAAAGUGAUGGCAUGACGAACGAUUCUUCUUCUGUGACAGGAGAUCCAGAUUAUCAAAAUGGCAGGAGUCCUGCUGCCUCGGAAUCGGCUUCGUUCCAGGCGCUGUCUCCAGCCAACAGCCAAGCUGAAAGCGUUCGGUCAAAGUCGCCAGGCUUCAAUGCUCAAGAAGAUGCUGCCGUGGGAAAUAAAGCUGAAGGUCCUGAAAGCAACGUUCCUGAAAUAGAAGGGGCUGGUGCUUUGGACCUAACUUAUGGCAAUAUUGGUCGAAAAGUCAUCAAAGAAGAGCCUGGAUUACACUUUGCAAAUGGAGAGUAUGGUCGUAGCAGCAUUCCCACUGCCUUUGUCCGAGCACCACCAGCACUCAUAAAAGUGGAAAUGCUAGGUGAACGUCCCAUUAGCACAGGCCAUUUCAUUGGCCCACCAGCUUUAUCACCUGGUGUUGCCCCUCUGCUGGUGCCACGGCCUAAAUUUUGCCGCCCAGCUAAACAGCACAUCUGCACUACAUGUGGUAAGAACUUCUCCUCUGCCAGCGCUCUUCAGAUUCAUGAACGGACCCAUACUGGUGAAAAACCAUUCGCAUGCACAAUCUGUGGAAGAGCAUUUACAACAAAAGGAAACCUGAAGGUCCAUGUUGGAACUCACAUGUGGAAUAACUCUGCCAGGCGUGGAAGAAGACUCUCCAUUGAUAAUCCCAUGGCCCUGUUGGGAAAUGAUCCAAAGAAGGUAUCUGACAUGUUUCCAAAGGAUAUAGUGCCUCCUUCAGUGAACAUUGAUCCUACAGUAUGGAAUCAGUAUGCAGCGGUACUCAGCAAUGGCAUAACAAUGAAGACUAAUGAAAUUUCAGUAAUUCAGAGUGGUGGUUUACCUACCCUUCCAGUCACUGUUGCGGGUGGUUCGGCAAUAAAUACUGCUACGGUCUCCAAGAUAGAUGGGACCCCGUCUGGGAUUAGCUCUGAUAUUGAGAAGGCUGAUGGUGGUGCUGCUGCAGACAAUGUGCCAAAACACCAAUUUCCUCACUUCCUGGAGGAGAACAAAAUAGCUGUUAGCUAAAAGAAAGAAAGAAAGAAAAAAAAACCCACAAAAACAAAAAAAACAAACAAACUCUUAAGUGAAGGUGAAAUGCAAAUAUAUAUUUUUAAGAGAUUCCACCUCAACCUCCUAUUUUCCUAUUGACGUGCAAAUGAUUUUAUGGUUGUCUUUGUAAGAGUUGCCCAGAGUACAAUCAUGACGUUGCUUUGCAAAAUAAUAAUGAAUAGGAAUUCCUUCUAUUUGGAAAGAUGCGGGUCUUGCAAAGUAGUUCUUGUUUUUGUUACUUUAAUUUGUACAGCCUUACGUAAGUUUGUACAACUUGAAAUUCCAAAGGUUAUAACAUUUACCUCUUUGUUUAAACUGAUCUUUGGGGGUUUUGAACAGAGUGGCAACAGCCAACCUACUGACUGGAAAGGAAACUUGUAUUUACUGAUGAGACGUGAAAAGUGAUUAUGCGGGUAAAUGUUCUAGAAUGUCUGACACCCUUUUAGAAGUAGAGACUUUGUUUGGGGGUUUUUGUGUGGGUGUUCUUGUUUUGGUUUUUUUUUUUUUCCGAAUGUACUUUUUACUCUAAUGGCUAUAAAAUGACAAUUUUUUUUGUUCGUUUUUAAAAAAAAAAAAAAAAAAAAAUCUCUUGCUUUGGGAGCUCUGUACAAACUCUUCUUUAAUCAAUGCUCCUAAGAAUUUAAUACUCUGUAUUGUUAACUGCUGCUUAUUUAAUGCUCCUACUUUGGACAGCCCUUCAAGUACAGUGCCAAAAUGCCUAUUCCCAAAGAUGUGCAGUUUUCUCCUAAAAUAUUUUAUUUUGAUACCAAGAGUCCCAAACAAGCAUGGGUGGGUAUGUAUAUACUUUUUUUUUUCCCUUGGAAAAAGGAAUACUUGCUGGAAAGUUGGUUGGGGUUUUUUUUGGUUUUUGUUCUUUUUUUAAGUCUGUGAGCUCUGCAAGGAAUUUCAGGUAACUGUUGCAUCUGGGCAUUGGAACUGGUUUCCUUAGCAAGAGAAACUUUUCUUCCCCUUGGUAAUUUAGAGGAUUGGUCUAUGUAAACCUGUAUAUUUAAAUACAAAGUAUUCACUCUUAGGUCUAAUGUUUUGUGGGUUUUUGGAUGGAAUUCCCACUUUGGUCAUUAUGUUUCUUGGUUGUCCAUGCACUUGCAUUUACACCAAAACAUUAAUGAUCCAUGUGUUUGGUAUGAAGGUUAUUGGGAUAGCCCUCUGGAUUCUAAGUUAUCUACCUCAUUUUUUUUCUUUGUAGAUGUAGUGUCUAUUUUUCUAUAAUGACCACUGUAAUGAACUGAGAUUCAAGCAGAUGCUUCCAUGCACUAUCUCAAACCAAAACCUGAUGUAUUAGUGGGAGCAUCUGAAGACUUAGUGGACUAACUUUUCACUAUUCCUCUGACAUCUGCUGGAUCUGUAUAUGUAAUAAUCUAAAGCUAGAUUGAAAACUGAGCAUUUGGUAUUAAAGGACUGCAUGAUGGAAAGGAGUCUAAUUUCUGACUGCAGGAAAUCUUCAAGUCCAGUUGCAGUUGUGAAAGGCCCAAAAAUGCAAAUUACCAAAAAGUUUGUGUAAUGUUGCACCUGACUUUUUUGUUCCUUUGUUUUAUUUUUUGUUUAUGAUCUCCCUUUGCCAAGUCGUGCCUUUCCUGCUGGACUUGUAAGUAAGAACACACCAGUACCUGUUUACACUGUAAAAUGGAUAUUGUUACAUAGAACAUGCCAAAGGCAUCCCAAUUGUCAAGUUUCUUCAUUGAAUGUAUGACUUUUAAGAACUCUGUAGUUUUGAGUACCUACUGAUGCAUUUCUGUUGACAUUUUUGAGAAUAAAUUUGGGAUGACUUUUUUCA